CAUUGAAGAACAGAGCCGGCAACCUCCAAGAUCCAGCUCGCGGUCACAGGGGGCAGCUCCAAUCUCUCGCCGUAUGUUGCGAAGUUCACCUUCCCCUAUUCUUUUCGUUCGGUAGAUAUCCUUUAUCGGUUCCGCAAAGAACCCCAUGUCUCUUCUGAACCAGCUGUUCAACAGAGGCGUCUUCGGCGCGAAAUGCAAGACAAGCUUGACAUUGUCAAUCUCGCGGAUCAAGUUGCUGCAGAACAAGAGAGACAUGCAGCUCAAGCUCAUGCGCAAAGAAAUAGCCCAAUUUUUGCAGGCCGGGCAAGAACCGAUUGCUCGCAUCCGGGUGGAGCAUGUUAUACGGGAACAAAAUAUAAUGGCUGCAUAUGCCAUAUUGGAGCUGUUUUGUGAGUUUGUCCAUGCUCGCAUCCCUAUAAUUGAAAGUCAGAGAGAGUGUCCGACUGAUUUGCGUGAAGCCAUUGCAAGCAUCAUUUUCGCGGCUCCAAGAUGUUCAGAUGUGCCAGAUUUGCUGCAGAUCAAGAAUCUGUUCACUACUAAGUAUGGGAAGGAGUUCGUCUUAGCAGCUGCUGAACUUCGUCCUGAAUCCGGAGUCAAUCGUGAAUUAAUUGAAAAGCUCAGUGUUGGUGCUCCUUCAGUCAAGACAAGACUCAAUGUCUUAAAGGACAUUGCCCGAGAACAUAAUUUGGACUGGGAUUCUUCUAAUACUGAAGCAGAGUUUACUAAGAAGCAUGAAGAUCUCCUGGCGGGAUCUAAGGAAAUUUACAAUGGAGCAGCGCUGGCACAAGCCCCUGCCAAGCACGUCUCUUUCCAGUUACCUUCUUCUAAUGGGACACAUGAUAUAACUCCUGCAGAGAGUAACAAAGAACACUCACGCCUUGAAGUGCCUGUCACUGCUAGUAAGACAUCCUCACAUAGCACAAAUGAGAUCGAAACAUCUCAGAAGAGUCAAGAUGCUGGAACACCGACAGAUUCAAAGUCUGAGACAAGGCCACAAUCAUCUGAAAUUCUGGAAAGAGCUCGAGCCGCCAUUGCUUCUGCAGAGCGCGCAUCUGCCGCUGCACGUGCAGCCGCUGAGCUGGCGAAGAUCCACUACAGGGCACAGAAGAGUUAGGACGGGAGGUCUUCCUAGUACCUGAAUGUGAUGGGGUUGAAGGCAUUGCCUACACGGUCGAAUUCUUCUGUAAAGCAGGGAGACAUAUAUAAUUAAUGGCCAUUUUAGGUGUGAAGACGUCCUAGCGAGUGCAUGAUGCUGACCGUCUCCAAAGGGGUUCAGCGGUGGGGAAAGUAAAUGUUUCUUUUUCUCCUCAAUAAAACUGAUAAAUGUGUUGAAGACUACAAAGAAUACUAGGAGCAAAUGUUUUACGGGAU